CAGCAUUUGCAAUUUAUUCUGCUCCGUUUUCAUCAGGACUUAAGGUGUCAUACUACAUAUGAAGUUCGCUCGUUUCACUAAAUGGGGAUAUUAGUAGUGUAAACAGCUUGACUACCUCUUUGUUCAACUCUUGUUUGUUCAAGACACCGCCUGCAGUAACUUGGAAUACACUGGCACAGUUACUGAUAAGGCAAAUUCUAAUGCAGCGCAUCGUCUAAGGUUAAAUGAAGUCAUAAAAUUCUUCUUUGCAGAAGGCCACAAGUAACACUACAUAAAUGGAAGACACACAAAAAACGAAGCACACGGCUAUCCAGUCAGUGCUAUUCCAAGCACUGUCAUUUGUUAUAACAGUUCGUAUUGGUCACGACUAUUGUAACACAACUUUAUGAAAACAUAGCUUUUCUUCUUACAUAAAUGCCUAAGAAUCCUGCCUAAGGAUAAAAAGCAGUAUGGUGGCAAAAAUUUAACAUACUUUUGGCAUCAAGAGAGUUUUGAAGGAAACUUGCCAUAGAGAAUGAACUGGCAAAGAAGGAAAGUCAACCAAUGAGCAGAAAGUCUUUCUAAAAGCAAGAGAGGCUAUGACAGGUGAUAUCAGUAUGACAAAAAUAAUUCUGAUAACAGCUGAUACCGCCAAAACAUAUUAGGAAGACAUUAGGGACAAAAUGAAGUGUUACUUUGGAUGAGAUUAAAGAACUGUUAUACAGUGAACAAAACAUGGACAUACUUCAUGUUUCUAAAGCUUACAUAACACUAGGCAUCCAUUUUGCAAAAGGAGGUUUUAGUUGUCAUGUGACACAGCACUAAUGCACAAAGAUGGCACUUCUGAAGGUUAAUGAAAACAGUGUUGAAAGCUAUGAAUCGAAGGGGCCCUUUGUUAGCCAAGGUACCACAAUGUAGCAAGUACUGUAUAAAAGUGAGACACGUUGCUGACACACCUGGGCAUGACCAGAAGAACUUGGUGAAUACUGGCAACACUGGUUAUGAUGGGACAGGAAAGUAUCUGCAGAAAUAGAAGCAGGAAUGAGUGAAGCCAACAAAGAAUGGAAGAAAUGUUGAUGCCACAAAACUAUCCCAUGCCACUUUUCUAAAAAAGGUGAUAAAAAAGUUUUUAUUUUGUGCCUGUUUGCUUUAAAGUUAUAUUAAGGUUGAGUUUGGGAUACUUGGAUGAUAUUGAUCUGAGGGGUUGUGGAUAUUAGUCAAGGACAGAAGCUACAUUUGUCCUCAAACAGACUUCCUUACUUAUCAGAUAAAAUAUUGCCAGCAGUAUUGAAAUGUCCAUCGAGUUGCCAUCAUCAACUGACAGUUUACUGGAUACAGAAACACUGGGUGACAUGCCAAGUAAGCAUAUUGCUGUCUGUGUAAACAGGACCUCUGGGCACACAUUACAUCUCAUUGGCUACAGUGUCAUCUUCAUUAUUGGUCUCCUCCUGAAUGCUAUAGCACUUGGGAUAUUUAUAUGUUGUCUCCGACUGAACACUGUGGUGAGUAUCUACAUGUGCAAUCUGGCUGUUAGUGACCUUCUGUUCACUCUUUCACUGCCUUUUCGGCUGCACUAUUAUUUCCAUAGAGAGUGGCCCUUUGGGGACCCUCUGUGCCAGCUCUCAGGAACUUUGUUCCAGAUAAAUAUGUAUGGCAGCUGCUUAUUCUUGUUGUGUAUUAACAUUGAUCGAUUCAUAGCCAUUGUGUACCCACUUAGGCUACGGCAUCUUCGACGGGUGAGUGUGGCAUGGCUGGUUUGCAUAAUAAUUUGGAUAAUUAUUAUUAUCUCCUCCAUCCCAGUGGUCUUUAUACACAAGACUACCAGCUGCCGCUCUGGUAACCAAACAGUGCAGCUCUGUUUUGAGCGAUUCUCUAAUUCACGCUGGAAGGGUAAGAUUUUGCCAAUGCUGGUGAUUGCUGAGGUCUUCGGCUUUCUUUUGCCACUUGCUGUUGUCAUUUACUGCUCCACUAGGAUUCUGCUUUGGUUCAGGAGAACAAUGGGACUGCAGACAGUGCGGUGCCGAAGAACUAUUAGAUUACUGAUAGCCAAUAUGUUGAUCUUUGCCAUCUGUUUUGUGCCAUACAAUACCACACUGACAGUAUAUGGUUUAUCUAAAGGGAAGCUAAUAUCUCUGAGCCAAUAUGCUGAAGCCAACAUCCGUCAUAUUCUUCUCUGGACUAUGGUGAUGGCUAGCUCAAACUGUGUCCUGGACCCAGCUGUCUAUUACUUUAGCACAGAGGGCUUUUGCAACACAUUUGGAAAGAUUUGGACAAAAAGUCGAGGAAAAGAGGCUAUGACUGGAGCUUGUCACAACGUCAAGACAUUGCAUUCAGGAAAUGAGACCCAAAGUCAGAGCGGCCUAGCACUGACUUUCAGUUCUGCAGAUAAAAGCAUCACCAUUGCUCUAGGCAAUAAACAAUGACUAUUUCAGAAAGCCAUCUGUUUUCAGAUGUCUAAUGAUGAACCGUGUGGAUCCUACUCAACACAGUGCUCUCUAGUGGUCAGGGCUGUAAAUCACUGAAACUAAUGUUAAUGCUGACAACAGUAACCAACCAUAAUGAUAGUCUUCUAUGGGUCAGAAGUAUAUGUUAAAUCACAAAAAUGUGUUGACAACCCAAAGUGUGGGAUAAUGUUUUUUCUGUUUAAUAAUUGUUGCCUUUAUCAGGGUCUUGAAAUUCACAUGUAACCAUUGCUGCUGACACAUUAUCUUGGAGAAGAGGGGGACAUAAUAAUCAAAAAGGUUGGCUCAGCUAUGACUGCCACACUUAUUAGAGAUGGUACAUAAUAGAAAGGAAUGUCUUUUGGCUUUUCCCAGUUAGAGGUCACUACAGCAGAUCACCGGUCCGCAGAUUGAUUGGCAGUGAAGUUUUUACAGUGUCUAGUUGCCAGCCUGGCACCCAACCUUCACAGAAGACACACACACACACACACACAUGCACCUACCUGCCUGUCUUUAAAACCCACUCAUCUACAGGGAGGACAUGCAGACUCUGCACAGAAGUCUCGCCAGUUGAGAAUCAAACCGGAGAACCUCUUGCUGUGAGGUGACAAUGCUAACUCCUGCACCAAGAAAUGGUACAUAAUAUUGUUCUAAGAAAAUACUGCAGGUAGUUUUCAUCUAGUUUCAACAGUUCUGAGUCAAAAAUGCCAGCUGUAGCCCCUCCCACAAAAUAGCCCUCCCUGGCCUUGUGGUUUGGAGGUGUUAUUCACAAUGUCAGUGCUGAUUAUAUCACCAUGGGAAAGGCACUGAAGACACAGAAUACAGUACUUGUGCAGAGGAAACAAAAAGAGAAGGAGGAGACAUGCUUGCAAGGUCAAACCUUUGCUGCUGGUGUCGGCAUAAUGCACUAGGAUAGUUUUUGACUUAAAUGUACAUACUGCAUUUCUAAAACAAAUUGUACUAUGCAUAAAGUAAGACACAUCAACACUACAUUAAAAUGUAUAUCUUGUAUUAAAAUGUCACUCUAAAUUGUUAUAGCAAUGAAGUAAUCUCAAAUAAAUAAAUCCCACAGAUGUGCAAUGGGGAUGGAAACCAAUACAGGUGAAGCUAUAAGCUUAGAUUCAUAGAUUCAUAGGCUGUUACUAGGCUAAUGAACCGG